AUGGGUUUUGAAAUAAAAGAAGAAUUAGAUUUAUUCCAAAUAUGCAUUGAUUCUAUUGACUAAGAUAAAAUAAAAUAAUUUAUUACAAGCUUACAAAAAAAUAUACUAAAUAAAAAUAAAUUGCAAUAGAUAAUAUUAUCAAUCGAUUAUAAAUUACUGGAUUUUUUUAAAGAAAUAAUUGAUAAUUUAAAAAAAGUUACUUUAAGCAAAAAUAAAGAACUAGUUUUAUAAAUAUUUCUCUAUGAUAUAGAAGAUUUAUUUAAAAAUAAUAUUAGGAAUUUAUAGGUUGAUUUUGCAAUUAAUAUUUAUCACAAAAUUAAGUAGUAAAAUCUCAUCUAAAUUUUAUAUAAUGAAGGAUAUCCUAGUAAAUGUGCAAAUAUAAUAGCUAAAAUAUUAUUCGAUGAAAAUUAAGAUUAAAAUUUAGAGACAAACUAUCAUUUUCAAAUAACUUAAAUAUAGGAUAAAUAUAUUUUCAUAACAUAAUCAGAAAUAUCUUUAAAUAGCUUAUAGAUUAGCAUAUUAAAAGAAACAGUUAUUAAAUAUUUAAAAUAUAAGAAAAAAUAUGCAAUCUAGCAUUAAGUUUCCCAAAGCUAAAUAAAUAAAAACAAAAGCUAUAUACUUUAAAACAUACUAUAAAAUAAAAAUUAAAGAAAAUAAUUUGAAAUAUUUUUGAUAUCCUUUCAAUAAAAAAUAGAAUAUGAUGCUAAUUUAAAUUAUACUUGCGAUUUUUUUUAAAAAAUAUAUCUUAUUUAUGUUAAAAAUAAUAUAAAAAUAAGAAAUAAUGCUUAUUUAAAUUUAUAUUAAGAAAGUUAUAAAAAAUUCAAUUCAGAUUAUGAAUAAGAAUUAAUAUCCAAGUAUGUAAGCUCAAAAUUGUCUAGUAAAUAUAUAAAAAAUCUAAAUUUAGAUUUUUCAUAAUUUAAUUUUGAAUUGGAUGGAAUGACAAUAGAAUCUCUAAAGUUUAAACUACAAAAACAUUAGCUUUUUUCUUUGAAGAUAUAGUUUACAGAUAGUCUAUUUGAAUACAAAACUCUCACUAAUUUUCUAAAAUGCAUUAAAUUAUAUAAAUUUGGAAAAAUCUGUUUAAAUUUUUAUAAUAUAGAAUUUAAAUCUAUAGAAAGAAUGAAAGAUAUUUUGGAUUACUUAUAUUAAAAUAAAAUUUUGUUUUAAAUUAAUAUUUAAGAAUCAAAAUUGAUAGAUUAAAAGGAUAUUAAUUAAUUAAUUAUUUAAUAUAGUAAUAAAGAUUCUAUCUCUUUGCAAUUCUUAAAAGAAGUUGAUUUUUUUAUUCACUUAAUUAUAGAUCAAUCAUCAAAUAAUAAUUUAAAAAUAAAAUCUCUUAAUGGAAUAGACCCUGAAUCAUGGAAUAAUAUUAAAAUAUAAUAGAAAAAUGUUUAAGAUAUUGAAUAAGGAGCAUUUAAAUGUUUUAUAUUUGUUUCAAUUGGUUUUAUUGGUAUAUCUUUCUUUCUUAAUUCAACACAUUUUUUUCUUGAAAGUUUAUCUUUAACAGAUGAAGAUUUCGCUACAAUAGUUUUCUUAAAAAAUAUCUUUUAGUUGAUAAUUUAGGCUUGUUAAUAACUUCUAAGUUCUUCUUUGAUGAUACCUAAUAGUUUUUUGAUAGUAAUUAUUUUUUACCUGAUAUUAUUAAUUGAGACGCCUAUAUUUUUAGAGUUUUGUUCUGAAAUGAAUAUUGCUUUACUUAAUUUCCAACAUUGUUCGAUUAUUUAAAGUUUAGCAUCGUUUUUGUUUAUUUACUAUAAUAAAUAGCUCUGUAUCUUAAAAAUUAAUAAAAAUAUAAUUAUUAAUAAAUAUAAUAAAAAUUAUUUCUGA